AUGGAAAAUACUCAUUUGGUUGAAGAAUCUUAAUAAAUCAACUAGUAAUAUUAAAAUCCACAAACAUCAGAAAAUAGAUUUCAAAGUUUGUAAUCCUAAGAUGAAGAUGAUGAAAAUUAAUAAAUCAAUAAUUCUCAUUUUAAGAAUUUAAGCUCAUCAUCUAUCUAGAAUGUUCUUUCUUCUUAAAAUAGUGACUUAGAUUAAGAGAACCAGGAUGAUGCCUUUAAUUUCAUUAAGCAAGAAUAAAACUAAAUAAAUAACAUUGAAAAUUAAUAGAAUGAAUAAUAAAUUUUACCACUAGAGAAUGAUCAAAAGGAAGAGAAGAUAAUUUAAAAUGACUCAAAGGUUACCCAAACUUAAGGUGUACAAAAUGAAGAACCUUAGAAAGAGUAAUUAGAAGAUAAAAAUCAUUCUCAAAUGAACAAUAAUUCAGAAGAUAAAGAUAUUAAAUAAGUAUCAGUUAACAUCUUGAUUAAACAAAUUCCAACUGAAACUUCAGAUUUAAAAUAUGAAUAAUAAAGGGGAAGCGAAGUUGAAUAGAAUAUUUAAAAAAUUCAGAACAGUUCCUAACAAGUAGAAAAGCUUAAAUCAAUCAUUAAGUCUCCAAAAUCUGGAACUUCAAAUGUUUAAUCAGGAGAUCCUUCUUUAGAUAAAAGUAUUUCACCAGAAUAAUUAUUAAAAUAUAAAAGAAAUGAAAAAUUGUAUAAUUAGAUUAUGGAGACUAAUUUAAAUGAAAUCUUCUUAUUUUACUCUAAAUAGUUCUAAAGUCCGAUAAAAUUACCCACAAAAACAAAAGAAUCAAUUUUUGAGAAAAAAUCAUUUAUGAGUUUUCCUUAAUACAUGCAUUUCUGUAAAGAUUUUUAAUUAAUUGAUUUGUUGGUCACCAAUGAAUUUAUAGAGAAGUAUGCUGGUCCCAAAAACCAAAAACCUUUAUACAAAAUAAAAUAUAAGAAUAGAGUAAAAGAUUCAUUUAUUAUUACUAAAUAAAUUCUGCAGGAAAUCUUUCAGAAAUGCUCUGGAAUCCAAUAAUUAAGCUUUUCAGAGUUUUUAUACUCAUUAAUAAAAAUAGCGGAUAUUGUAUUUCCAGUUUCUAAUUCUAUAAAUGCACUCUAUUUAUUUUUAGGAAUUCAUGAUCCAGAAAUCUACAACAAAAAGUUAUCUACAAUUUAAGAUAUGAAUUAAUCACGUAUAUAAAAUCAAGAUAAUAUAAUAUCUAAAUAAGAAGUUAAAAAAAUACUCCCUACUAUAAUAAAUAAACCAAUAAUUGAAAAUCACAAAAGUUAAGAUACAUCUCAAAUUUCAAAAUUUAAUUAAAUUUAGGAGAUACAUAGGAGAUCAAAGGUCUAAUAAAAUAAUAAUUAGAGCUAUUCAAUUCGAUGGGAGGAUUUGGUAAGUAGUGAAAAUGAAUUUGAUCCCAGAAAAUUGUUAUUGGAUGAAGACCUUACAGAUUAGGAUGAUGCUAUCUAUUUGAAAGAGUACAUGAUAAGUGAAUUUGGAAUAAAGAAAAAAUAAGAUUUUGUAAAGUAAUAUUAAGAAGGAGAAAGGAUCAAGUAUUCCCAGUAUCCCUACUAAAACUACUAAUAAAGAAAAAACCAAGGUUAUACUGAAAGUUCAUCUAGAGAGCAAAACCCAUCAAGUUUAUAGGGGAAGCUAAUAUAUUAAAAGGAUACUAUGUUUUUAUAAAAAAGAUAGGAAUUGGCUGAAGCAUAAUUAAUUUAUCCUACGCUACCUAUAAAUUAAAUGUCUCAAAUGCUUCAAAAAGAAAGGGGUAAAUAAUUAAUUCAUCCUAAUUCUUUUGAGUAAAGAAAAAACUACAAUGUUAUAAAACAACUUCCAUCUCUUAAUAAAUCUUAUGCUAAUUAAAAUAUUAGUUCAUCAAUUGAGAGAGGACAAUAAAAUGCAUAAUAAAUAGAUCAUGUUAGUAAAUAGAACUUACGUAAAGGGGAAAUAAAUUAAAAAAAAAGAGAUUAAUAAAUUUAUUUAGGAAUGUUAAAACUAUAGGAUAACAAAGCAAGAAAAGUAUAAAGGAAAUGA